AUACGACAUAUUUGUUUGUUUUUUGCGGUUGCGAUGAUUUGAAGAUCAGUCGUGGGGGGAGGGGGCGGUUUUAUUUACCAGUGACGUAACAGCUGUGUGUCGGACAUAUUGGAGUUUUCCAGAUUCAUUAGAGAGAGUUAGAGAGAGAGAGAGAGAGAGAGAGAGUUCCAGAUGAUGAGCGGACACCGGAGCUGUACUGGAGACACUUUUAGCUUCGUUUUAACUCGGGUAACUUGUUUACAGCAGGACGAAGGUGUUAGUGUGGACAGAAUAGUCACUUUUACAGAGCUGAGUGUUGAAAAGUGGCGGCGGUGAAGGGAAAAAGGGAUGUGAGUGAGAGAGAGAGCUGUGAGAGAGAGAUCUGAAAGACAGAGUUGUGUGAGAGAGAGAGCUGUGAGUGAGAGAGAGAGUUGUAAGAGACAGAGAGAAAGCUGAGAGAGAGAGUUGUGAGUGAGAGAGAGAGCUGUAAGACAGAGGUGUGUGAGAGAGAGCUGUAAGAGACAGAGGUGUGUGAGAGAGAGCUGUGUGAGAGAGAGAGAAAGCUGAGAGAGAGAGAGUUGUGAGUGAGAGAGAGAGAGCUGUAAGAGACAAAGGUGUGAGAGAGAGAGAAAGCUGAGAGAGCUGUGAGUGAGAGAGAGAGAGCUGUAAGAGAGAGGUGUGAGAGAGAGAGAAAGCUGAGAGAGCUGUGAGUGAGAGAGAGAGAGCUGUAAGAGACAGAGGUGUGAGAGAGAGAGACAGAGAGCUCUGAGAGAGAGAGUUGUGAGUGAGACAGAGGUGUGUGAGAGAGAGAAAGCUGAGAGAGAGAGAGCUCUGAGAGACAGAGGUGUGUGAGAGACAGAGGUGUGUGAGAGACAGAGGUGUGUGAGAGACAGAGGUGUGUGAGAGAGAGCUGCUCUCUCCGCUUCAGGGCUCUCAGGGUCUCUGAGUGUGGAAUGGAUUUCCUCCUGUGUUUACACGGAAACCUGCUCAGUGAACAGAGAGCACAGAGGGAGGAAGCAGCGCGCAGUGGCCCUUAGAGCAGUGGACCUGCUUCUGUAAAACAGCUGUGUUGUGUUUGAGUGGCUGUGACUGUGGACACUGCAGUGUGUUACAGUCAUGAGGCUCAGAGCUCAGGCGCUGAUGUGGGGACUUUUCUGGCUCUGUGGGAUCAAAUGCCACUGCGGACUGACUCAGCUCUGCGACAAUGGCAAGGCAAAGCUGGAGACAGACCUCCCUCCUCCGGAUGAGUUUCUGUGCCCCAAGCCGAGACCAGUAACCUCAGCCCUGGUGACGUCAUCAACCCCGGUAACAUCCUUCCAUCCAUUCUCUGUACCGCUUAUCCCACACAGCAUCACAGGGAGCCUGGAGCCUAUCCCAGUAAACUCGGGGCACAAGGUCCUUGAUAUUUCCACCAAAUAUUCUCUACAGCCAACUGAGCAUGUCUGCAUGGAUCUGCCCAUAAAAUACAAUCACACAAUCCCCAACAGUGGAGCUCACAGGCCUGUAGGAGCUCAGAGUGGAGAGUACCUGUACUGCCCUCCUCAGCGCUGGAUAAACAACCUGAAGGAUGGCGCUACAGUGCUCCUGUUUCACCCCUGUGCUUCAGAGGAUGCUCGCAGGUGUCUGGCAGCGGUGGCUCACUCCUGCCUGCCUCACUUCAUCCUCACCGCUCAUCCUCAACUCAGCCAGCACAGACCAUUUGCCUUGGUCUCCUGGGGUCACACGUUAGAGAUGUCCCACAUCACCACAGCAGGAGUGUGUGAGUGGUUACUCACUUCUUCCUCCAACUUUAACCAAACAACAGCAAGCCAAAGCCAAAAUUACAACCUGUAUUUGACAAAAGCUGCCCCAGUGGACCGUGUGCUGGAUACCUCAGUGAAGUCUCUGAAAGCAUGCUGUGUGGAGGCUCUAUCUGCAUACAAGGCUACAACAAGAGUGAGGAAGAUCCGAUCAGUCCUGCAGCAUGCAAAAGGAGAAAAGGAGAAAGAAGAAGUGAAACACUCUGAAAAUCCUUCGCCUAUCAGCUCUGAGUCCAACACACUAAAUCCUACACACACACAGCCACUGAACAAUAGUGAGGGUAAAAAUUCACUAUCUAUAGGCCCUCAUGGCCAUGCCACACCCCCUGUCCACGCUGUUGUGGAGACAGACCCAAAGACAAUAGCCACACAGGUGAAGAGACUAAAAGAACCACAUGGAAACACGAGGGGUGAGGAACUGGUGGUUAAGCUGCAUGGCUCACAGACUGAUGUGAAGUCUCAGAAAAUGAGCAGCACUGUGGCUGCAGGGAAGCAGCGCAUUAAGACUGAUGUAGCUGAGCCGAAUGCAGGAGGAGGCUGUGCAGUUCCGGGUCACUGCGGACCUCCUGAUGUGGCCACUGCAGUGUUAGGAGGACCCCUGAGGGGACGCAAGAUGACCAUCCAGCGCACCAAUGAGGCCGUGUGGGCAGCGGCGGCUCUGGGUUUCCUCCUGGUGCUGCUUACGCUUUCAGUGCUCCAUACACGACUGUACCGUAACUGCCGUGCUCCAUCCAGCCUGUACUGGCGCGAGAGCCAGCAGGACUAUGAAAGUGUAGCAGACAUCAUUCGCAGGAGGCUGAGGAUGGUGGGCAGGAGGAAGAGGAGAGUGAGCCAGAGCAGGCGGCAGGAGUGUCCUUUGCUCUCUGACUCCAGCACUGAUAAUGACUGACUCACUGGAUUUGAGUGUAUGUGAGGAGUCUGGUCUCUCUCCACUGACUAAAACUGAGUCUGCAUUUUAUUCCCUGUGGAGCACAGAAGCAAAUGCAGGAUUCAGAAAUCAGUUACAUGACCUCAAGCAGGGGUUUUCUUUCCACAUCAGUGAAGUCCAUAAACAUGUAUUCUGACUUCUUACUUUAUUUAAGCCUUUUAAUUGUAUUUUUUGAAGGUACAGUGCCUCAACACAAUAUUCACCCCCCAGUGAUUAUUUACCUUUUGCUGUGUUGCAACAUCAAAUUUAAGCAUAACAGAGUGGGAUUUUUUGUGCUUCUGUUGAAGUGACUCUACAGGAAUUAAAUAAAUUAAUUCGAUGUCCUCAGAAUUAUUUGAAAAUAUUGUAUUAUUUUUGAAAAAAAAAAACUAAAAAAAACACUUAAUUGGUAAGUAUUCACCCCCUAAUAUACUUAUAUCUAAUAUACUUAAAUUUGAUGUUGCAAUAUAGCAAAAAGAAAUAUUCCCAGGGGGUAGGGGACAGAGUAUAUGUAGUUUGUGAGAUGUGCAAAACAUAUUGGCAUGUUGUAUAAUACAAGAGAUGAAGGAGAAAGCAGAAGUAUUAUUGCUGAGAUGCAUAUCCCAUGUUCAGAAUGUUAAAAUAUGAAAAAUUGAACCAGUACAAUAUGUUUUUUUUAGUUGUUUAAAACAAUAAGUGUUUUAUGUUUAUAAUGCAUUUGAAGGGUUUCUAGACCUGUAUUAAUCAAAACAUUUCAAAAACUUUUAAAUAUCAGUCUUCUGGUUAUGCUGUCCAGAAAAAACACUCUUUCUUCAACUGGAACAAAACUGCUCAGCUCAGCCCUGUUCCUUGAAAGUCGAUUUGAGGCAUGUGUAGAGUAGAUUCAGAGAGGCAGACUGGGGGCUUAUAAGUGUUUGCAGCUAGGAGUCAUCUUGAAGGCAGCAGUUUGCUCUAAAAAUGAAAAAUUGACACCCCUAAAGAAUAUUUCAGAUAAAUUCAAACAAAAUAAUUCUGUUAGUUCUGAAAAAAAUAAUUCUGAAAAAUUCUGUCAGUAUUAAAUUUCUCUGAGUUUCC